UCAUCCAACCGAGCCAUCCAGGCGUCCCAACCCAACUCCCUUUACAUGUACCCUCUCUACUGCAGAUGAGGAAAAGGGGAAGAAGGGAAGGGAAUCAUAUUUAUAAAAGAAACCCUGCUCCUGCUUGUUAGGCACUUUUCGGCGUGGCUCGUGUUUCUAGGGAGCUUCAUGCUUUGUGUGUGUCGGGUCCUGGGCCAGGAACCUUGCUGAGAUUCUCUCACUAGUGUUAAAAGACUAAGAGUUGAGUGUUCUUGUCACCCCUGUCUUAGGGAUGAGGAAAUUGAAACUUAAAGAAGUAAUUUCUUUAAACUUCGGGGGAAGAGCUUAGGUCUUGGACUUAGGGCUGUCUAACCCAGAACCACUGUGUUCUAGACUGUAUGACCACUGUGACAGGGGUACCUCGUUCCCAUUCAGAGAGAAGAAACAGGUUUGUUCAGAAGUGUCUUACUCCAGAUUGCCUGCCUGGUCAGGAGCAGAGACAGGACAUCAACCAAACCUCUCUAAUUCCCAGGCUACCCACUCACCCACUGUCCCAAGCCGGGUGACAGGAGCAGAUGGGCAUUCCUGAUUUUUAUUUCCUCCUUUUCAAUUCAAAAUCUGAUUUUUUUUAAUUUUAAAAGCAAUUGAAACUUAUUACUGAAAUAUUAGAAAAUACAGAUAAGCCACAGGAAGGAAAUAAAAGCAUCCACAACUCCACCUACCUAGAAAUGGUUACACUUCGGUAUUUGUCCUUCCAGAUAUUUUUAUAUUUUUAUUUCUUUAUGAUUUUUGAUCUUCCAGAUCAUUUUAAAUGCACAUCCACCCCAGGAACUAUUUGCUUAAAUGUGCUGUACUUCUUCCGGGUCCACCUGAGGGCCUGAGUAGGAGGGACACUCUGGUGCUUCAUACUCUGCUUCUACCCCUCCUUUCCCUUCCCUCCUGACCUUAAAGGGUAGGGCUGUGGGGUGAUCCCGGGCCACAUUGGCCAGGGGUGAGUAUGUGGUGCAGGCCUUCUCCCUUAGUCCAGAGGAGGUGGAAUGAUAGGAUUUGUAGAGGAAGGACUGAGGGUCUGUUAGCAAAGAGACCAAGGACUGGAGACUCCAGCGCCCCAUGGCCACUGGGACCUGAUAUUGAGAAAAGUCCUGCGGAAUUAGAAGGUCUGAGACCCAGUCUGCCUUUUUCUGGUCAGACGAAGAGCUGGCCUCUCCAGAAGCCACAAAGACAGACCUGGUGUCCAACUAACCAGGAGGACAGAGUCAGGACCCAGGCAGUGUGCUCACAGCAUUCCCCACAUCAUCUUAAACCGUCCUCACCCCAGAAGGUAGAGUGGGGCCAUAAGGGGUAACAUUCUUCAAUUUGUGGCAAAACUAAGGUUCUGGCUCUGAUCUCUCCAAAUCCAAAGUUAGCUCUUUUUUCCUAAAUAGCCCCGCCCCUCCCCCUGCCCUGUUACUGCCCAGCUGACUGGAAGAAGAGGUGGUGGCACCAGGGGGGGCAUCUCAGGACUUGACCUGUAUGAGGCUGGGGGGUGCCUGGAUUUAGGGGUGAUCUCCAAUUUACCCCAAGUUCGUUGGGGAAGACAUUUCCCCCUGACUGACAAAGCUGUACUGCCUUCCAUCUGAAAAGAACCCUGUAUUCAAAAAGAAAAACAGCUGCAGCCGGUGGCCAGGAGGCAAGGUCAAGAGGGGUCAUGGUCCUUUAUCCUAUCAGGAUCUCAAAGCCUGUAGAGAUGGAACUAGCAUUCUGCCCCAGAAUCUUGGGUUUCCUUCCCUGUGAAGACCUUGCUUCUCAUCCUCACUCAAGAGAGAAGAACCUCCCUCUUUUUCCUGAGGACAAACUGAGGUCCAGGGCAGUGGUGAGUGCUCAGUGUGAGAGCCUGCAAUUUAGACAGAUGGCCUGGCCUCUCAGCUGAGCCCCCAAGACUGCCAGACAUACAACUUGGCCUUGAGAUUGUGCUCUUAGAAUAGAACAGAACAGGACAGUAGAGAGAACUCGAAGGGUUCCCUUGCCACAAGCUUCCAGCACUUCGGGCAGGAGAACCAGGAGGAGGAAGAAGCAGAGGGACCUUCCAGCACCCACUCCACCACAGGCUCCUGAGUGGGCACUCUGGGAGUCACCAGCAGAGAAUCAGGUAGCUGAAACCGACUCUGAGGACUCAAGAGGCUCAAGAGAGCCUCUUGCCCUGGCAGAUGUAGGAUUUAGGGACCACUCUGUCCCCUCACCCAAUCUGGAAUUCUGCGCAGUAAGCACUUGGUAAAUAUGGUUGACAGGAUGAUGGAGAUAUCCACCCACUCCUGUCACAUCUCUGCCCUUCCUCCAUGCUCUGCAUAAUUGAUGGCCAGGGAGGCAGUUCCCAUCCCCCAAGGUGACCGAAUGUCUAGGCCAGGGGCUUCUGGCAUAAUGUGCCCCCAAAGUCCUGGCGCCAAGGCCCAGCUGGGGGGCAGUGGGACACAGCUGGUAGGUCAGAGAUAAAGGAAACUGAGAGGGGCUAUGUGUUGUGAGAGGAAAUCUCCAGUUGACUGUAGCUCCCUGGGGCCUGGCUUCCCCUGACUCCCUCAGGUCAGUCUGGAGGAGCUGUGUUAGCCUAAGGACAGGUUGGCCGUGGCCUGAGGAGCCCAGCUAGAGACCCUCCCUUUCCCUGGACCACAUCUCCUACUUCUUCAGGUAACUCCCACUGCCCUAAAAGACAAACAGGUGAAAUGGUUUCUCUCCCUGUCUCCCUAGUUGCGAGCCCUUGGAUACCAGAGGGGCCUCUGGGGAAGCCUGGUGAACUGGAGGGAGGCUUGGUGGCAAGUGCCUGAGCAUGUCACCCUCUCUAUGCCUGAAACUCCUAGUUGCCAAACACCACAUGAGGACUGAGAACUUUAAGAAUCCAGGUGUGGUGCCUAGUCAAGGCUCAGCUUCUAAGUAGGAAAGACUUGGGAAGGGCACAGAUGGUCUCCACGUUUUCCAGUUCUUUCUCCGCUACUUUUUUCUCAGUGCCCUCUCUGCUUUUCACAUUCAGGCGUUCAAUCCAUCCUUUUCCGAUUUGAUUCUCCCUGCGCUUCACCGUUUCGGUCUCUGAAUUUCUCCGCUCGCCACCCCCACCCCGCCCCGUUCUCUGGGUGUGCCUGUUGCCCUUUCUGUGUUCCUAUCUCCCCAUCUCCUGCUUUCUCUGUGGCACUGCUCCCCACAUUCCAAGCCGUCCCCGCUCCCCAGCACCAAUGGCUCUCCCUCCGCUCGGUGCCCGGGCCGAAGAUGUGUCUGCAUGAGAGGUCGAGGGAGGUAUGCGAAGGAGGGCAGCGCACCGGCGGCCGACUGAGGGGGCCCGGGAUCGGAGCCCUGAUCCCCGCCGGGCUCCGGACCACCAGCACAGGCACCGGCCCGGGUAAGGGGCGGGGCCCAGGCGCAGCCCCGCCCCCGCCGCCGCCGCUCACGUGACUCUGGGCUAAUCUUGUCCUGGUGACUUCACACGCCGCCUCGGGCACAGUCGUCAUGGUUACGCCGCAGCGCCCAGCGCUUCCCCCAACCCGCUGAGUCCCCUCCCCUUCCCCACCCGGACCCCCUCCUUCCGCCGCCGGGCCCCCGCCCGGUUGCAGCCACGCGGCCCGCGCCACGUGACGGCCGGGAAGGAGGUCGGGAAGGGGGAGGGGGCGCUGGGGCCGUAACCCCUUCCUCCCCGCCUCGGAGGGCCUUCCUGGGGCUUCCUGCGGACCCGCGAACUGCCUGAUCCAUCCCACCCUUCUUGCGAAAGGUGGCUACCUUUCCAGCCACCCCGCCUUGGGGGCGCGGGCCAAAGCCCUGGGAUCCUGCGGAGUAAAUUCUUGGCCUGGGUUUGUGGUUGGCAUUACGGUGUACAUCUACUCCCCUCCACGGCGCCGAUAGCUCGUAGGAUAUUUUGAGGAUUCAGAGGCUGGAUCUGUGACUAAAGCUUUCUGAGUCUGUUUCCUCAAGAAUAUAGAGGGACCGACGGGUACAGCUCCAUCCCUGGGUGGCGGUGAAGAGCCAGGGAGCUCCUGCGUCUUUAGCGUAGGGGCGGCCUUUAAGACGACCGUCCUGCCCGCGCGCCCGUGCUAGGCGAAGCCUGGCAUCCCGGGCGAGAGCGUCGGGGGUCUCAUGGAGGGCGGGCUGUCGGAGGAGCCGGACGCCUGAGCCCACAGUGCCUCCGGGCUAAUGGGAGCCACGAUGAAGGAGUUCGGCUGAGGGACUUCAGGCUUCCCUUACCUUGGCAAGGCCCAGGUGUGAGCGAGCACUGGAAAGGGAGUCCCAGAUGAGAACCCGAGGGUGCCUUGGGAUGACUCUCACCUGAGGCUAGUGUUCCUGUGAAGCCUGAGCCAUCUCACGUGUAAGUACACCAGUGGGAGCCCCAGGUGCCUCCCCAGCACGUGGGAGGCCCAGGAAUGUCCUCUCAGAGUGCCUGUGUGUCACCUGUGAGCGCCUCUGCGCCAGGGAGACCUUGGGUGUUACUAUCACAGACCUGUGACUCGGAGUAGAAGGUGUACGUCUGAGAGACCCUUAUGUGAUUUCUGCGUGUCCACGGGAGCUUGAAGUGACAGAAAUGGGAGCUCCAGUGGUGAAUUACAGUAGUCUUCCGAGGAGAAGGGGAUGAGUCUGUUACCAUAAUACUUGAGUUUCUGGCACAAGCUCUGGGUCUGUGCCUGAGUGUGGGGCUGUUGCCUGGGUCCAACCUGAGAAUGUUGCUCAGGGAUGUUACUAAUGGAGGCUCCAGAGGAAGCUCAUGCUUCGGGUUACUGAGAUGGGUCCCCAAGAGUGAGCGCAGCUCCAGUGGUACUUCUGGCGGGGCUGUGGGGGGCCCGGAUCCCCACCAGGCUUCUGCCUCCGAGGUGCGGCCCCAGCUGACCCUCCCUCCCUCGCUCUAUUCUCCUAGGGCCCACGGCCCCCCGCCGCACCCAGGCCCAGAGGCCAUGGCCUGCCUCCAUGAGACCCGCACACCCUCUCCCUCCUUCGGGGGUUUCGUGUCCACCCUGAGCGAGGCGUCGAUGCGCAAGCUCGACCCGGACACUUCUGACUGCACCCCUGAGAAGGACCUGACGCCCACCCAGUGUGUACUCCGAGAUGUGGUGCCGCUGGGCGGGCAGGGCGGGGGCGGGCCGAGCCCCUCCCCGGGGGGAGAGCCGCCCCCUGAGCCUUUCGCCAAUAGUGUCCUGCAGCUCCACGAGCAGGAUGCAGGGGGCCCCGGGGGAGCCAUGGGGUCACCUGAGAGUCGGGCAUCCAGGGUCCGAGCCGAUGAGGUGCGGCUGCAGUGCCAGAGUGGCAGCGGCUUUCUGGAAGGGCUCUUCGGCUGCCUGCGACCUGUCUGGACCAUGAUCGGCAAAGCCUACUCCACAGAGCACAAGCAGCAGCAGGAAGACCUGUGGGAGGUCCCCUUUGAGGAGAUCCUGGACCUGCAGUGGGUGGGCUCUGGGGCCCAGGGCGCAGUGUUCCUGGGACGCUUCCAUGGGGAGGAGGUGGCUGUAAAGAAGGUACGGGACCUGAAGGAGACGGAUAUCAAGCACCUGCGGAAGUUGAAGCACCCCAACAUCAUCACCUUCAAGGGCGUAUGCACCCAGGCUCCCUGCUACUGCAUCCUCAUGGAGUUCUGCGCCCAGGGCCAGCUGUACGAGGUACUGCGGGCUGGCCGCCCUGUCACCCCCUCAUUGCUGGUUGACUGGUCCAUGGGCAUCGCCGGUGGCAUGAACUACCUGCACCUGCACAAGAUUAUCCAUAGAGACCUCAAGUCCCCCAACAUGCUAAUCACGUACGACGAUGUGGUGAAGAUCUCCGAUUUUGGCACUUCCAAGGAGCUGAGUGACAAGAGCACCAAGAUGUCCUUUGCAGGGACAGUAGCCUGGAUGGCCCCUGAAGUGAUCCGCAACGAGCCUGUGUCCGAGAAGGUCGACAUCUGGUCUUUUGGCGUGGUGCUGUGGGAACUACUGACUGGUGAGAUCCCCUACAAAGACGUAGAUUCCUCAGCCAUCAUCUGGGGCGUGGGAAGCAACAGUCUCCAUCUGCCAGUGCCCUCCAGCUGCCCAGACGGCUUCAAAAUCCUGCUUCGCCAGUGUUGGAACAGCAAACCAAGAAAUCGUCCAUCGUUCCGUCAGAUCCUGCUGCACCUGGACAUCGCCUCAGCUGACGUCCUGUCCACACCCCAGGAGACUUACUUUAAGUCCCAGGCAGAGUGGCGCGAAGAGGUAAAGCUGCACUUUGAAAAAAUUAAGUCAGAAGGGACCUGUCUGCACCGCCUAGAAGAGGAGCUGGUGAUGCGGAGGAGGGAGGAGCUCAGACACGCCUUGGACAUCCGGGAGCACUACGAAAGGAAGCUGGAGAGAGCCAACAACCUGUACAUGGAGCUUAAUGCCCUCAUGUUGCAACUGGAGCUCAAGGAGCGGGAGCUGCUCAGGAGGGAACAAGCUUUAGAGCGGAGAUGCCCAGGUCUGCUUAAGUCACACCCUUCCCGAGGCCUCCUGCAUGGGAACACUAUGGAGAAGCUCAUCAAGAAGAGGAACGUCCCACAGAAACUGUCACCCCACAGUAAAAGGCCAGAUAUCCUCAAGACUGAAUCUUUGCUACCUAAACUUGAUGCUGCCCUGAGUGGGGUGGGGCUUCCUGGGUGUCCUAAGGGCCCCCCCUCACCAGGACGGAGUCGUCGUGGCAAGACUCGUCACCGCAAGGCCAGCGCCAAGGGCAGCUGUGGAGACCUGCCUGGGCUUCGUGCAGCUUUGCCACCCCAUGAACCUGGGGGACCAGGAAGCCCAGGGGGGCUAGGAGGGGGACCCUCAGCCUGGGAGGCCUGCCCUCCAGCCCUGCGUGGGCUCCACCAUGACCUCCUGCUUCGAAAGAUGUCGUCAUCAUCCCCGGAUCUGCUGUCAGCAGCACUGGGAGCCCGGGGCCGAGGGGCCGCAGGGGGAGCUGGGGAUCCUGGCUCACCACCUCCAGCUCGGGGAGAUACCCCGCCAAGUGAGGGCUCCGCACCAGGCUCCACCAGCCCAGAUUCACCUGGGGGAGCCAAAGGGGAGCCACCUCCACCAGUAGGGCCUGGUGACGUUGUGGGGCUGCUGGGAACUGGAAGGGAAGGGACGGCGGGACGGGGAGGAAGCCGGGCUGGGUCCCAGCACCUGACCCCAGCUGCACUGCUGUACAGGGCUGCUGUCACCCGGAGCCAGAAACGUGGUAUCUCAUCAGAGGAAGAGGAAGGAGAGGUGGACAGUGAAGUAGAGCUGCCAUCAAGCCAGAGGUGGCCUCAAGGCAUGAACAUGCGCCAGUCACUGUCCACCUUCAGCUCAGAGAAUCCAUCUGAUGGGGAGGAGGGCACAGCCAGUGAGCCCUCCCCCAGCGGCACACCUGAAGUUGGCAGUACCAACACCGACGAGCGGCCAGAUGAGCGGUCUGAUGACAUGUGUUCCCAGGGCUCAGAAAUCCCACUGGACCCACCUGCAUCAGAGGUGGUUCCUGGCCCCGAACCCAGCUCCCGACCCAUCCCACACCAGGACCUACCCAGAGGGGAGCAGGGCCCUCCCACUAAUGAGGACUCAGACUGUGACAGCACUGAACUGGACAACUCCAACAGUGGUGAAGCCUUGCAGCCUCCAGCCUCCCUCCCUCCAUGAAAGCCACUCUGAUUCCUGUACAUAGAAAAAUUAUUUAUAUAAAUAAUAUAUAAGCGCCACAUAAUCAACAGAGAAAGAUGGGGCUGUCCCAGCCUUAAGUCAGGCUCAAGGGAGUCUGACCCCUGACCAAUUCACCUGAUGAAACUCUAGGGCUACCGGCAGCUGUGGAAAUGAAGGACAAGUACUACCCUAGAGCUGUGGGUACGGGCAGACUGGCCCCUUCCUGCUUCACCCCAUUAUGUUCAGCGAGCGGUAAGGCAAUAGAAAAGCCAGACUUGCCUCUUACGUUCCUUUAUACUCUUUUCCCCCAACCCUGGGGAGGAGGAAAGGGAGCCACUUAGACUGCACUUUUUUGUUUUCCGUUUACUCUGUUUACACAUUUUGCACUUGGGAGGAGGGAGGCGAAGGCUGGGUCCUCCCCUCUGAGGUUUCUCAGGUGGCAAUGUAACUAAUUUCUUUGUCCCUCCAUUUCUCUGCCCAAGCCCUGGCUUAGGGCCGAGGGGGAGGUUAGGAGAUUGUGAAAGCAUGUGAUGGCUCAGGCUGAAGGAAGGGGAUGAUAAGUUUUAAGUCCCUGCUUUUAUCCUGGUGCCUGAUUGGGGUGGGGACUGUCAUAUUGUAACCCCUGUGAAAAAUCUUAAAAUAUAGCCACUCCACGCAGG